CGUCAAUGUCAAAAAUCAAAACAAUUCGUAAUUAUUAUUAAAUAUUAAGUUAUUUCUAAUUAAUAACAUAUCUUAUCAUAUCAUUUCACUAAUAAAUCAAGGAUUUCUGGCCCGAUAAGAUAAAUCAAAUAAAAAAAUCGUUAAUCUCCCUGUGUCUAGGUUCGCACUUGUCCCACACUUUAAGCCAUCUGGUAGGAAAAAAAACAUGGGCGAACAAGAGGUGCCAGAAGCCCACUUUCAAGACUUAAAAACUCGCAUGAAAUUGAUCUCGGAAGCGGAUCCAGAACAGUACCAUAACGAUUUUUCCCUUAAGAGGUAUUUAAAGGCGUUCAAGGAUGUUGACAGUGCAUUUCAGGCCAUUUUAAAGACCAACAAGUGGAGGAAAGAUUAUGGUGUUUCCGAGCUUAGUCCUGAUCAUCCCGUUAUAAAAAAACACCUUGAAGCUAACAGGGCCCGGGUGCUGAAACACAGAGACAUGUACGGUAGGCCUGUCAUUUACAUUCCUGCAAAAAAUCACAAUGUGAAUGAAAGAGACUUGGAUGAACUGACUAAAUUCAUUGUGUACUGUCUCGAGGACGCUUGUAAAAGGUGUUUCGAAGAAGUAAUCGAUAAUCUAUGCAUAGUUUUUGACUUAAAAGACUUUGGCUUGAAUUGUAUGGAUUAUCAAUUGAUUAAGAACCUUAUUUGGUUACUUAGCAGGCACUACCCCGAGAGGUUGGGUGUGUGUUUAAUAAUAAAUUCUCCUGCCCUGUUUUCGGGUUGCUGGACUGUGAUUAAGGGUUGGCUGGACGAGAAGACAGCGGGAAAAGUCACAUUUGUCAAUUCAGAGGCUGAUCUUUGCAAUUACUUAAUACCUGAUAUAUUGCCUACAGACGUUUAGCAAAUAUUUGUAUAAUUUGUUCUUGAUUAACAAAGAAAUAAGCCUAUUAAUUGAUGUAUAUAUUUAAAGUGUCUCUUUAUAUUCCUCACAAUUUAAUAUAAGUAUAUUAAUUUAUUGACAGUUCUCUCUAUGUUGUCUCGUGUUCAUUCAAAUAGAAAAAUGUAAGUAAGAUCCGAGUUUAAUUAGUGCCUGUAAGAAUGUUUUAGAUAGUCAUUAAGUCAUGGCUCAGGAAUAUAAUUAUGUUUGAAAGAAAAAGGUAUUUUAAUCAGUUAUUGUUUAAGAAAAAUAACUACUGUGAUAAGAUUUAUGCUUAAUAAUAAUUGAAUGUAUUUAGUGUCACAAACCAGAAGGUUUCUUUAACACAUGUACAGUAGAUAUGGUAGUUACACUGGUCUUAAAUAAAUAAAUAAAUAAAAUAAA